UUGUUUGUUUGUUUAUUUGUUUAAUUAUUUAAUUUGUUUGUAAUAUUAUCUAAUAUAAAAUUAUUGUUAUAAAGUCUUAAUAUGAAACCCCGGUACUUGUUGUAAUACAAAAGAGGGUGAAUGACAGGGGGUCUGAAAACUGUGAAACUAUGAUAGUUUAACUGCAAAAAAAUCACUUGAUAGCAAAUUUUGAUUAUUACACAAACGACGGGCUUUGGUUUCUAAAUGGUGCAAAAAGAACCAUCGACCAAUCAGGAAAUUGUUGAACUGCUUACCAUUAUUAAAUGUCACGUGCUAUGAUCUGAUAUGUUAUCGUACUGCAUAUAGAAUAAUGUUAAUUUUAAUUUUUUUUUUUUAGAGUUUUUUUUUGACUGUAUAUGGGAAAUAUAUCAAGGUCUUCAAAUUCCAUUAUAAAGUUUUUCAAUAUUUAGUUAGAUCCAAGACUAUUGGUUAUUCAUUGAAGUCAUAUACUUUUGAACCAUAUAUCAUGAGUGUAUACCAGGCCGAAGCAAUUGCACAGAUUGUAAGUGCGGUUGAAGGAACUGUAUAUGUCACUCAACCUUCUAAGGCUGUGUCUUCUUCAUUUUCCACUCAUUUCCCUGAUGCUCAAAUCUUGAUUGAAUCAAAUGAUCCAUAUUCUAGUGUUCAAAAUUACUUGGAAUCAUCUCCACAAGAUGAAAUUGUAACUGUCACUACUACUGGUGCUACAGUGUUUAAGAAUUUACCAUUCUUUUCAUCCAAGAUCUUUGACUCUAGAAGAGUUGUAUCUCAUAUCGAAUUAGAUUCAUUUGACUUUUCCAUUGUUACAAGUUUAAGAGAUUUGAACUUUCCUGUGUUAAUCUCUCAAAGUACGGCUGAAGCACAACUUUUUGCUAGUUUAGCUUAUAACUUAGCUGUCAAAUUAAACAAGGCUAUCUUUCAUUUUUAUACUCCUGCCACAUAUAAAGCUGAAACCAGUAUUAAAUCAUCUCAAGGUGUUUUCCUUAAAAACUUGGAAGAUUUAGAAGUAGAUCAAAUUGCCAAAGAAUUGAAUGUCAAUGCUUUCGAAAUUGUUAAUAAGGUUUCAAAUGCUAAAGAUGCUAUUCUUUAUUUAGGUCAAUUGACUAAAGAAUUGGUUGAUGCUAGUACUAAAGAAAAUACUUUAUUAAUAUCUGUAAAAGUUUAUCAACCAUUUGAAGUGUCAAGUUUAUUAUCAAUCAUACCUUCCAAUGUUGAAACUUUAUCAUUAGUCCAACAAUCAACCACUUCAACUUCAUUUUCACCAUUAUUAUUGGAUUUUUUCCUGAGUUAUUCAAAAUAUCAAUCAUUGAAAAAUUUCACUAAAGUUGUAGCUGCCACUUUUGGUUAUUUACAACUGGAUAAAUAUGAAUCAGCAGUUUCAAACUUAUUAGCCAAUGUUAGAUCUGCCAGUCCUGUUCAAAAUUUAACCUUUGGUAAAGUAAAUACUGAAUUGACUACUAAAUCAUCAAAAGCCAAACUCGAAGAACAAGCCAAAGCCAUCUCCAGUGCUUAUGUCUUAGAACAAGCUUAUGUCAAAUUAUUACAACAAGUUAAUCCAAGUAACUUACAUAUCUUAAAUGAAUACAAUGCUGAAAAUAUUGGUCUUGAAACUAAUCCAGAAUUUGGUUACGGUUCAUUUUUGUACAAUCAAGAACAACAACAAGAAUUAAUUUCAUUAGUAUUCAAAUCUAUCCAAGAUAACACUUUCCAAACUACUAAUAACACUGCUUUAAUUGAAUUGUUAACUAAAUGGUUAGUUCAAGUUAGAGAAGGUGGUGUCAUAGAUAAAAAAUCUGUGGAAGAAAUCGUCAAUCUCUUAAAAACUGAUGAAACCACUUCUACCUCCAGUGAUAUUUUAUCAUUAGCCGAAUACUUUGCUGUUAACACUAAUUGGUUAGUAGGAUCGGAUGCUUGGGCUUAUGAUUUAGGUUCAUCUGGUGUCCACAAUUUGAUUGCUUCAGGUAAAAAUAUUAAUAUGUUGGUUAUUGAUUCUGAACCAUACGGUGAGAAGAGUAAAUCCAUUAAUGGAUUCCGUAAGAAGGAUAUUGGUCUUUAUGCCAUGAACUACGGUGGCUGUUACGUUGCUUCCGUUGCUAUUUACUCUUCUUAUACUCAAGUUUUACAAGCUUUUAUUGAAGCUGAAAAAUUCAACGGACCAUCAAUUGUCUUGGCUUAUUUGCCAUACAAUAAAGAAACCGAUUCCACUUUAACCAUCUUACAGGAAACUAAGAAGGCUGUUGAUAGUGGUUAUUGGCCAUUAUAUAGAUACGAUCCAACUAUUGAAGAUGAAUCAAAAUCAUUCAAAUUGGACUCAUCUAACUUAAGAAAACAAUUACAAGAGUUCUUAGAACGUGAUAACAGAUUAACCUUAUUAGCUGCUAAAGAUCCAUCUUUAUCUAGAAAUUUAAUCGCUAAUGCUGGAAGUGAAGCUAAAGAUAAACAAAAGAAGAUUGCUGAUGAAUCAUAUGCUCAAUUAUUACAAGGAUUAUCAGGUCCUCCAUUAACUGUUGCUUUCGCUUCUGAUGGUGGUAAUGCCGAAGCCGUGGCUAAGAAAGUCAAUAGACAAGCUUUAGGUAGAGGUUUAAAAUCAAUCGUCUUAGCUAUGGAUGAUUUAUCUGUUGAAGAUUUACCAAAUGAAACUAAUGUUGUAUUCAUUACAUCUACUUCUGGUCAAGGUGAAUUUCCAACUAACGGUAAACAAUUCUGGGAUGGUGUUAAGAACACUACCGAUUUAGAUUUAGCCGCUAUCAAAUAUUCUGUUUUUGGUUUAGGUGAUUCUCAAUAUUGGCCAAGAAAGGAAGAUAAACAUUAUUAUAACAAGCCAGCUAAAGAUUUAAAUGCCAAAUUAAACAUUUAUGGUGGUGUUGAAUUAGCUGAAAUUGGUUUAGGUGAUGACCAAGAUCCAGAUGGAUAUAAUACUGGUUUCAAUGACUGGAUAGCCAAGAUUUGGACCGCUCUUGGAGUUGAUAAUGUUGAAGGUGUUGAAGAACCAAAACCAAUCACUAAUGAAGAUAUGAAGAUUGGAUCUAAUUUCUUAAGAGGAACUAUUGCUGAAGGCUUACAAGAUCAAUCUACCGGUGCGAUCAGUGCUGUUGAUCAACAAUUAACCAAGUUCCAUGGUAUUUAUAUGCAAGAUGAUAGAGAUAUUAGAGAUGAAAGAAAAUCUCAAGGUUUAGAACCGGCAUAUGCCUUUAUGGUUCGUCUUAGACUUCCAGGUGGUAAAGCUACUCCAGCUCAAUAUUUGAAAAUGGAUGAAUUAGCUGAUGUCAGAGGUAAUGGUACCAUUAAACUUACUACCAGAGCCACUUUCCAAUUACAUGGUAUCGUCAAGCAUGAUUUAAAACCUGCUAUUAGAGGUAUGAAUUCAGCUUUAUUAGAUACUUUAGCUGCUUGUGGUGAUGUCAAUAGAAAUGUUAUGAUUUCAGCCUUACCUCAAAAUGCUAAGGUUCAUGCUCAAAUUUCUGAUGUUGGUACUUUAAUCUCAGAACAUUUAUUACCACAAACUACUGCAUAUCAUGAAAUUUGGUUACAAGGUGAAGAUGAAAGUGAUAAACCAGGUGAUCGUGAAACUUGGGAAACUAGAAAAGUUGGUCCAACUAAGAAAAAGACUUUGGUUGCUGGUAAUGCGUUAGUUGAUUAUGAACCACUUUAUGGUCCAACUUACUUACCAAGAAAAUUCAAGAUUGUUAUUACAGUUCCUCCAUUUAAUGAUGUUGACGUCUACGCCCAUGAUAUUGGUUUAAUUGCUAUCGUUGAAGACAAUAUAGUUACAGGUUUCAAUCUUUUAGCUGGUGGUGGUAUGGGUUCUACUCAUAAUAAUAAAAAGACUUAUCCAAGAGCUGCUUCAAUGUUUGGUUAUGUUUCAAAAGAUAAAGUUCAUAUUGCAUGUGAAAAGAUCAUGUUAGUUCAAAGAGACUUUGGUGACAGAACUAAUAGAAAACACGCUAGAUUAAAGUAUACCAUUGAUGACUUAGGUGUUGAAGUAUUCAAACAAAAAGUUGAAGAUUUAUUAGACUUCAAGUUUGAAGAGCCAAGAGAAUUCAAGAUUGAAUCCAAUGUUGAUUACUUUGGAUGGACUAAGGAUGAAUUAGGUUUCAAUCAUUUCACUGCAUUUAUUGAAAAUGGUAGAAUUGAAGAUACUGUUGAAUUACCACAAAAGACCGGUUUAAAGAAAAUCGCUCAAUACUUAAAUGGUGGUAGAUCAGGUGAAUUCAGAUUAACUGGUAAUCAACAUUUACUUAUCUCCAACGUUGAAGAUGUUGAUUUAGAUCAUAUUAAAUCACUUUUAUCAGAAUAUAAAUUAAGUAACACUGAUUUCUCUGCUCUUAGAUUGUCAUCCGCUGCUUGUGUUGCCUUCCCAACUUGUGGUUUAGCAAUGGCUGAAUCUGAAAGAUACUUACCAGAAUUGAUUACUAAAUUAGAAGAAUCCUUAGAAGACUAUGGAUUAAGACAUGAUUCCAUUGUUAUGAGAAUGACUGGUUGUCCAAAUGGUUGUGCCAGACCUUGGUUAGCUGAAGUUGCCUUAGUUGGUAAAGCUUUAGGUGCCUAUAACUUGAUGUUAGGUGGUGGUCAUCAUGGUGAAAGAUUGAAUAAGAUUUAUAGAUACUCCAUUAAAGAAGAUGAAAUUCUUGAUAUAUUGAAACCAUUAUUCAAGAGAUGGAGUUUAGAAAGAGAAGAUGGUGAACAUUUUGGUGAUUUCUGUGUUAGAGUAGGUGUAAUUAAACCAACUCUUGAAGGUAGAUACUUCCACGAUGAUAUUCCAGAAGAAGCUUAAACCAACAAUUAUACAUAUAUAACA